UGCCGCCGCGCACCCCCGGCCCCCGAGCCCGGCGCUGCAGGAUGCCGGGGGGCAAGAGAGGGCUGGUGGCACCGCAGAACACCUUCCUGGAGAACAUCGUCCGGCGCUCCAGCGAAUCCAGUUUUUUGUUGGGGAACGCCCAGAUUGUGGACUGGCCCGUAGUUUACAGUAAUGACGGAUUUUGCAAACUCUCUGGGUACCACCGAGCUGACGUCAUGCAGAAGAGCAGCACUUGCAGUUUUAUGUAUGGUGAACUGACAGACAAGAAGACCAUUGAAAAAGUCAGACAGACUUUUGACAACUAUGAGUCAAACUGCUUCGAAAUUCUCCUCUACAAGAAAAACAGAACCCCAGUUUGGUUCUACAUGCAAAUUGCACCUAUAAGAAAUGAGCAUGAAAAAGUGGUUUUGUUCUUGUGCACUUUUAAGGAUAUCACUUUAUUCAAACAACCGAUCGAAGAUGAUUCAACAAAAGGCUGGACCAAGUUUGCGCGGCUGACGCGGGCGCUGACCAACAGCCGGAGCGUGCUGCAGCAGCUGACGCCCAUGAACAAGGCUGAGGUGGUGCACAAGCACUCCCGCUUGGCAGAGGUUCUCCAGCUGGGAUCUGAUAUUCUUCCUCAGUACAAGCAAGAAGCUCCAAAGACUCCACCACACAUCAUCCUCCACUAUUGUGCUUUUAAGACCACCUGGGACUGGGUCAUCCUAAUUCUAACCUUCUACACAGCAAUCAUGGUUCCAUACAACGUGUCCUUCAAGACAAAGCAGAACAACAUUGCCUGGCUCGUGCUGGACAGCGUUGUGGACGUUAUUUUUCUGGUUGACAUUGUUUUGAACUUUCACACCACCUUUGUUGGCCCUGGGGGAGAGGUUAUCUCUGAUCCCAAGCUGAUACGGAUGAACUACCUGAAGACGUGGUUUGUGAUUGAUCUUCUGUCCUGUUUACCAUACGACAUCAUCAAUGCCUUUGAGAAUGUGGAUGAGGGAAUCAGCAGCCUCUUCAGCUCCCUAAAAGUGGUGCGCCUGCUGCGGCUGGGUCGGGUGGCCCGGAAGCUGGACCAUUACCUGGAAUAUGGUGCUGCUGUGCUGGUGCUGCUGGUGUGUGUGUUUGGGCUGGUGGCCCACUGGCUGGCCUGCAUCUGGUACAGCAUUGGGGACUAUGAAGUGAUAGAUGAACUGACCAACACCAUCAAAACAGACAGUUGGCUCUACCAGCUGGCCCUGAGCAUCGGGACCCCAUAUCGCUACAACACCACGGGCUCGGGCCAGUGGGAAGGAGGGCCCAGCAAAGACUCCUUGUACAUAUCCUCUCUCUACUUUACCAUGACAAGCCUUACAACCAUAGGAUUUGGGAACAUUGCACCCACCACCGAUGGGGAGAAGAUUUUUUCGGUGGCCAUGAUGAUGGUUGGCUCUCUUCUUUAUGCAACUAUUUUUGGAAACGUCACCACCAUUUUCCAGCAAAUGUAUGCCAACACCAACCGCUACCAUGAGAUGCUGAACAAUGUGAGGGAUUUCCUAAAAUUAUAUCAAGUCCCAAAAGGCCUUAGUGAAAGAGUCAUGGAUUAUAUUGUCUCAACCUGGUCCAUGUCUAAAGGAAUUGACACAGAAAAGGUCCUGUCGAUCUGCCCAAAGGACAUGAGAGCAGACAUCUGCGUGCACCUGAACAGGAAGGUGUUCAACGAGCACCCUGCCUUCCGGCUGGCCAGCGACGGCUGCCUGCGAGCCCUGGCCGUGGAGUUCCAGACCAUCCAUUGUGCCCCAGGGGACCUCAUCUACCACGCUGGGGAAAGCGUUGAUGCUCUCUGCUUCGUGGUCUCAGGAUCCUUGGAAGUCAUCCAGGACGACGAGGUGGUGGCUAUUUUAGGUAAAGGUGAUGUGUUUGGUGAUAUCUUCUGGAAGGAAACCAGCCUGGCCCAUGCAUGUGCCAAUGUUCGGGCUCUGACCUACUGCGAUUUGCAUAUAAUCAAGCGAGAAGCCUUGCUGAAAGUGCUGGACUUCUACACUGCUUUUGCAAACUCCUUCUCCAGGAACCUCACUCUCACCUGCAAUCUGAGGAAGAGGAUCAUCUUUAGGAAGAUCAGCGACGUCAAGAAGGAGGAAGAGGAGCGCCUGCGCCAGAAGAACGAGGUGACGCUGAGCAUCCCCGUGGACCACCCUGUGCGGAAACUCUUCCAGAAAUUCAAGCAGCAGAAGGAGAUGCGCAAUCAAGGCUCGACCCACAUGGACCCGGAGCGGAACCAGCUGCAGGUGGAGAGCAGGAGCGUGCAGAACGGGGCCUCCAUCACGGGCACCAGCGUGGUCACUGUGUCGCAGAUCACGCCCAUCCAGACCACCCUGGCGUACAUGAAAACCAGCGAGGCCGUCAAGCCCAACAACCGCGACGCCAUGGAGCUCAAGCCCAACGCCAACGGGGACCAGAAAUGCCUCAAGGUGAACAGCCCCAUGCGGAUGAAAAACGGGAACGGGAAGGGCUGGUUGCGGCUGAAGAACACCAUGGGCGCCCACGAGGAGAAGAAGGAGGACUGGAACAACGUCACCAAGGCUGAGUCCAUGGGGUUGCUCUCCGACGACCCCAAGUCCAACGACUCGGAGAACGGUGUAAAUAAAAACCCGCUGAGGAAAACAGACUCUUGUGACAGUGGAAUAACAAAAAGUGACCUUCGCUUGGAUAAAGCUGGUGAGACUCGCAGCCCCCUGGAGCACAGCCCCAUCCAGGCGGAUGCUAGGUGUCCUUUCUACCCCAUUCCUGAGCAGGCCUUACAAACCACGCUGCAGGAAGUCAAGCACGAACUCAAAGAAGAUAUCCAGCUGCUAAGCAGCAGGAUGGCUGCCCUUGAGAAGCAGGUGGCAGAAAUUUUAAAAAUAUUGUCUGAAAAGAACGUAUCCCAGCUCUCUUCCCCCAAGUCUCAUUUAUCACCCCAGUCCCCUCCCCAGAUAUCCUGUCAGGAUAUUUUUAGUGUUUCAAGGCCUGCAUCACCUGAAUCUGAAAAAGAUGAAAUCCACUUUUAGCAUAUACCUAUGUGUAUAUAUGUAUACAGUAUAUAUGCAGAGGUGUAUAUAUACCUUUAUACAUAUAUAUAUACGUGUGUGUAUAUGGUAAAUAUAUAUAUACAUAUAUAUUUUCACUUGCAUCCAAAAUGACUUGAACACACCAAGGAUUUUGAUAUGUAAAUAUUGCAUGUCCAGCUGGAUUCUGGCCUGCCAAAGAAAGCAAUUAUUAACAUAGAUAUUGCUUGUAUAAUAUGCAGUUGACUGCAUGCACACUUUACAUUUAUUUAUAAUCUCUAUUAUGUAAUAAAAGAAUGACUUUUGUUUAACAAAGGCAAUGUACUAUUUAAAGAAUCAGGGUCUAACCUGCCAAUAUUGCCAUGUCAGUUUUGAUCUCAGGCUGGGUGAAUUGAGCUUUUAUUUCCUCAUUGUCUUUUCUGCCGAGUUAAACAGUAGAUUAAUAUGACGUGAAGGACACGUUCAGACUCCUGUUAGUAUUGUUUCCUGGUAUCAUUCCAUGACAAUAUACUGUAUAUUUGGUGAUGAAUUCCCCUACUCCUCCUAAAAGGAGGGCUCAGCUCAGUGGGCAGGGAAGGGCACCGUGCCUGGUGCUAGGGUGGAUCACUGGAAUUUAUUUGUGUGGGUAUUGUGCAUGCACAGCCUUUUAUUUCAAAUAUCCUCCUGCUCUUUUAACAUCGUAAGUAAGAAAUAAUAAUAAUAAUAAGAGUAAUAACAAUGGUGAUUUAUGUAACAAAAUGAAACUAACAGAAACUCUCUCAGUUGCACUCCCUGAGUGGUUGGGGGUAACUUCUUUCUUGAAAGCCUCCUUUUACUGAUGCCAUUUUUACUGAACUGUUAGAGUAACAUUAUGUAAAUUCUCUUUGCAGCACUCGGUGGUGGUGUCCGGUUCUGUCAGUAUCUUCAUUAGCAUGUCCCAUUUUUGUGGGGUUGAAGUUGCUCUCCCACUGUCCCCCCUGUUGCCCCUGGCAGAAAGACUUUGCAUGAGGUCUGAGCAAGGAAAGGAACGCUCACAGUUCAGCUUCCUGGGAACCGCGUGAGCAGGUUUGAAAGCCUGGAGUUAAAAGGCUGCAGUUUAUCCCCCUCCACUCUCUUUCAUGAGGGCAUUUAUCAGUCUGCAGCUGCCUUUAGAAAGAGAGAAAAUAACUGGUCAGGAUGUAAUUCUCUUUGGUCCAAGGUGCUUGGAUGAUAAUGUGUGGGUGGGUGUGCUGGGGGAUGCAGUCCUGCCUGGAGCACUGCUUGUGCCUGGGGCUUGGGGAGGAUUUCAGUGCAUGGAGGAGGCACAUUUCUAGAGCAGGCUUGCAGUGCCCACACAGCCAGGUCCCACACGUGCUGAGUCCCUCAGGUCUGUGCCAGAGGCUCUGACCCUCUUAGCUCACUCCCAUUGGCAUCUUCCAGUCUUGGGCCAUGCUCAGACCUUCUCUCCCAGGCUGGAGCUGCUGGCUUUGCAGGGCUGCAGCAGGGCAGGCUUUGCACUGGAUCUUGUUUGAUCUCCUGUUUGGAGCUGGGCUUUUGGACUCUGCCUAGGGCUGCCCCUGAGUAUGGUGGAGGUUUUGCCUCUCGGUUUGCACUAGUUUGAAUCCAGCUACACAAGAUGCAUAGCAGAAAUUGCCAUUGCAGCUUCAGAGAUGUUACCUGGUGUAGCGUGAGGCCAGCCCAGCAGAGCACAGUGGCUCCUUCAGAGAAGGAUUCCCCCUCUCUCUGGCUUAAAUGACCUCUUGUGUCAAGGUCCCAUGUUUUCAAAAGUGCCUGGAGUAAAACAUGUAUGUACCACAAGGCAUCACUAUUAAUCAGGUGUAUCAAAUCCAUGGUUCUAAACACACACCAGUAUUAGAUCCAUUUUUUAACAUUAGAAAACUAGACCUAACUAAAUCACUUCCUUAAAAAAACUAAUAAAAUCCUUAAAACCCAAACAAACCAUCAUUUGCAGUAGUGGCAAUUAGGAAUCUAUAUCUUAGGGUGAACAUAUCUUCAACUGUGAAAUCCAAACCCAUAAAGCUCCAAAAGCUCAUAAGAUAGCCAAAGAAGUCAUUGCUUCUAUUGUGCCAACUCAUGGAAGCUUUCUGGCCAAUGAUAGUUUUUUUCUGUCCUGUUUCUGCCACUUUCUUUAGGAAAUCAGAGAUUCCAAAAGACAAAAAAAAAUAAAUUAUAAAAGCCACGGUAAGGGACAACUCUUCCCAAAGCCUGGUGAUCAGGCCACCUGCUCAUUUUAGUUCUCUGCAGCUGCAGGUGCCUCUGUCAAAAUUUUCAGCUGUCUGUUGCAGCUGCUGUUCUGACACAAGUGCAAAUCCAUGACUCUGCAUCCAUGGGUUGAACUGCAAGAACAACCUGCACCUGCAGAACAACAGGACCUCCCCUUCCUGUGAUAAAGCCUCCCAUGGGACUCUGAAAGAAUGGGGGUGUUAUGGGGUUAGGGAGUUACAGGGUUGCUGAAGGAGUCUGCACAGACCUUGUGGGUACAGUUUAAGUGCCAAGAUUUCAAGUGUUGAAUGUUCUUGCCUGACUUGGUCUGCUGGCUGAGACAGACACAGCCACUGCCCAGGGUGUGUCUGAGUCAUACAGGCUCAGUGGGGCCAGACUCUGGGGCCAGACUUUGUUAAAAUUCCUGGAAUGCAUGAACUUGCCAUGAAGUGAUGCUGCAAAAGACACAGCAGGAUAAUGAGGGCUGGCUUUGUUAGAGAGCUUUAGCCUUAAUGGGAUUCCUCUGCCAUUGUGACAGACUGCUUUUCUUUAUUGUAACUGAUAUUAAUCCUAGGUAGAACUGCAUGGCAUGCAAAGGGAUCUCUGUUUAGGUUUAUCUUGCAAGUCAGGUGUAACUUUGUGCCACUUUACAAUGAGAGAAUGUGUUAACAGGAUUAGUCUGACCUUGAAAAUCUUUUGGGCGGGCCCAGAAUGUCUAUUACAGUUCAAGUGCAGCUUGGGUGGUUCAAAUGUGCAGUGAUUAAUAGUGUAAAAUACCAAGUUCCUGAAACAAAUACCGUGUCUCCAGGUCUACUUCUAGUGCUGCUUUGACUCUGAUAUUCCAACACUGUCCAUUGCAAGUUCAGUGGAGCCAGCUUGUACAAAGCAGGGGCGAGAUGGGUGCCCUGCAGGCACAGUCAGUGCAGCCUGUGGAUGGGCUGUCCCAGGCUCUGUGUGCUGGGGGAGGCCAGAUUUGUGGGGUUGUCUCUGGGUGGAGCAAUUCUGAAGGACUUUGCCUCCAAAAUUCGUGUAGGGAGCGUUACAUGUUCCAUGGAGUUGUCAGCGGUUCGUCUCUCGUCCCCUCACCUUGUGCAGGAUGUGACAAGUGUCUGGGGAUUUCCUUCUCUCUUAAAAAGCAUGAGUCCCAGUCCUGCAGUUCAGGCUGGACCACCUGUAGUCAUUAAAUCAGGACACCAAGGUGUCACUUCCACCCAGGCCAGUGCUCAAGCAGCAAUGCACCAUGUGGAGGGAGCUCUUGGCUGCAUGCUUUCCUUUCCUGUAAGAGCUCAAAACCUGUACAGAUGUUCCUGCCAGAUGCUGGGAACAGCAUCCUUAGCACCUACCCUGUGCUUUGUGGGUCCAAAGCAUUUUACCUGCACACGAGUGGAUUUUAUCUUCCCAGACUUUGGAAUAGAAAUAAAACAUGUACAGAAAAUGUGUACAGAAAAGUAAACACCUUCCAAAGCAAAUGAACUAGAGUACUUUUAAUAGCUUUUUUUUUGUGUAAUGUUGCAUAUAAGAGAAUAGCACUUCAGGAUACUUACUAAAAAAAAUUGUUGUAGUGAGGAUUCAGUUCUUCUGAAUUUGUGUUUGUAAAUCCUUUUCUUCCUGCCUUUGCCAGGGCAUGGGGGUUAGAGCAGAGCUGAUUCUGGAAGUGACAGACUUAAGCUUUGUCCAUUUUUCUUUUCCCUGUUCUGCAGAAGUAGCACAGCUAUGGGGGCUUGAUGCUGCACUGAAGUUGGGCUUAUUGCUAAACUCAAGUUCAGUCUUCAUUUACCACCACAUGGAGAGUAACCCUGUUGCACAGGUGUGAAGGUUCAACCUGAUAAUCAAAUCAGACUAAUAUAUAUUUUGAAUCAGGACAGUUUCAAAGGACUGGAAGCUGCAGAAAUAAUGCUGUACUCUUUGCAAAGCCAGGAGCAGUUGCUCUGGAAGUAACUGAGACGGUUCCAGAGACGUCAUUGCCUGGGUCAGAAAACAGAUGUUGUGCUCGUGAAAUAGCUUAGAGGCUUUUUGGGGAAAAAAGAUGUCCUGAAAUGGAAGGGAGAACAAAAAAAAAAAGCCAAAGGUUUAAUAUGGAAUUUGGGAGAGGACACAGAGGGAUGUAUUAUGUGAAAUUUACACUUUUUUACUCAGAUUUUGAGCAUUUAGAAAACCUAAGCCUAUCUUUUUGGAUGUCAGAAUUGGACAGAUUGUUUCUUAAAAUAAAUAUUUUUUUUCCUAUGUGAGGUGGUGUCAAAGUGAUACCCAUUUUAUUUUUUUAAAAAAUGUUUUCAAAUACCAUUUUCCUGCAGAGAAGGGUUUGAAUGGGUUUUGUUAACAUUGCUCUUAAUAGGCUGUAGGAGCAAAAUUUUGAUCCAUCUGAAUUUCCACAUCUGGGAAUAUUAUGUUUAUAAUUCUUCCUUAAUUUUGGGGGAAAGUGGAUAACACAAUAUCUACAUAUUUUAUUUGGUUUAAUAUUCUAUUGUGCAUUUCCAAAUGAGAUAUGUUCUUAAAGAAAAGUGCUGAAUAGAGCUAAAAUUGACAAAAAGUCCACAUUUCUUCUGGCAGAGAAGCAAUGAAUGUUCUUACACACAUAAAGAAUAUUGUGCAAAGAUCAGUGCUGUGAUAUCUAACAAAUGACAAACAAAGUAAAAUCAUCCUUACUGAGGGUGCAAUUAUUCAGGCAGAAAAUUGACCUUGCAGUGCACAGUGGGACAAGAAGGCACAUAUUGAUUUUGUAUAUUCAAAUGCCAGAUGCAUUCAGAAAGGGCUUGGCCAGGCCAUGCUGAAUAAAUUGGUUUUAUUUCUUACAUUAUGUUAAUCAGCCCCCCUGAUGCAUGGCAUGUGGACCCAGGAAUCUGAGGCAGUAUUCUCACAAACCUUUUUAUCUAUUUUCUGUAAGGCAGAUAAAUUCUUUCCUUCGUUAUUUUCUUCUUGGAGAUUCAAGCUUGCUUGGCCCACAGUCUGAGACUGCUGGUGUGCACCAGCUCUGUGUCUGGCUCUCUGCCAUGAAUACAUCAAUUAGCUUAAUUAAAAGCCCUAUAAAAAGGAUUUUGUACUAGGUUUGACUCAGCCCUCCCUGCUCCAGGACAGGAUGAGGUUGGCAGACUUUUCUGGGGUGUCAGCUGUGGAUCAGGGAAAGUCCAUUAAAAGAUAGACAAAUACAUGCUGUUAGGGGAAAAUGUGGGCUUUAGGAGAGCCAAAGCUCUUCCAGUGUCCCAAAAACCUCUUGGAAACCAUCUACAUUAUGCAGCAUCAGUGUAUGGACUCUGUAUUUGCAGCUGGCCCUGCUAUGAACAGAGAGGGUCGGACCAAGUGAUUUCCAGAAAGUCCCAAGUUUUCUUUUAUCAUUUGGCGAUUCUGUAGAUUUUAAUAGCACAAACAGGAGGUAAAAUUUGAAGGUUCUUAGUUAUGUCCUAUUUUUUUCUGCUUUUAAUUUUAAAUACCAUGCUGAGGAACAUCUUGCCAAUUUUCAAGAUAAUAGCUGUGAGAGCCAAUACUCAUCAAACAGACAGCAGAGAAAUCUGGCAUAUUCUAAAACUAUGGCAUAUAAAUAAAUUAAGCAUUUCGUGGGGCAUCAGCUAAAAUCCACACUUGGUGCCAAACUCUGAGAAUAAUGUCUCGGUGACUAUGCAGUUUCUGGAAGCAGUGGGCUGAUAUGGAUACAUCAACAACACCCACACCCUCUUCCAGCCUCUUCCCCAGUUGGAAGAUGAUUACAGUGUCUGAAAAUGCCAUCAAAAUAUCGAUAGCAUUUGAGCUGCUUUUCAGUGCUGCCCUGGCAGACGUGCACAUCCAAGGCUGUAGGAAAUGUGUGGGUUUCUCAUUAGUGGCUGGAUCUGGAGGUGAUUCUCAUCCCUGUGGAUUCUCACCCCCCUGGAUUCAGCCUGCUCCUCUCACAGUCAGUGUGUGGACACCAUGGAUGAAAAGGCCUGGGCUUGUCCAAAGGGCCUGGGCACAUCCAUGGGGUCCAUGCACAUUCCUAGGGUCUGCCCAAGCCCCAUUCCCAGGUUUAUUCCCUGCUUUUCUAGGCACAUUCACAGGUUUACACCUGGCUGUCUCAUUAGAUGUUCCAGACUCUGUAACCUCCUGGAUCUCUGUGAUGGCUCACAGGGUUACUCACAAAAUCUUCUUCAAUCUGUGGCUUAGCAACAAGUCUCCAAAUUAAACAGGUAUAACAGGGCAAGUCUUCUUCCAUUCUCAGGGCAUUAUUUUAUUUUAAAAAAACCUUAAUUUUAAUAUUUUAUUUCAUUUAAUUUCAUUUUGUGUCCCUUUUGUACACUCAGUGUUCCAUAGAAUGGCAGGGACUGGGGUGUUUGUGGAUUUUAAUGAGCCACUUUGAGAAGGGGAACUCGAGUGAGACACCAGUUUCUGCCUUGUGUGUGACCAUUCCUACUCCAGUUACACUUUGGGUGAACUUCAGCCCCAGCAGCAAUUUGAACCAGUGCCAUGUAGUGAUAGUAAAAGUUCUCUGUAUUUCCUCAGGCAAACCUAGGGCUCUGCUCAGCUUCUCCACAUGUCCUAUGCCAAGACAUGUGGGCACUUUCCUGCCCUGGACUUAUUUUCAGUAGAAUUUCCUGACAUGUUCCACCCCUUUUCUCUGUCAUCACUUUUAUUUCCUAGAAAAAGGGGGAAAAAAAGCACUUUCUGACUAAUCAUUGGGAGCUCACUUGCAUCCAAGGCUGCUGCCAGGACCAUUAGUGUGAGGUCACAGUUCAGUUUGUAAAUUGGGUGUUUUAUCUGAGCUCUCAUGGAAAAAGCCUUUUUUUUUUUUUUCUAAAGGAAAACAAAAUUUCUGCUCUGCUUCUAAUUAGUCCUCUGUUGUCCCUGCAGGAUUAAUUACUGCCUUCUUCACUCAAAUCAUCAAAUGCUAUUUGGCAACAGUUUCUUUUUAAAAUUUUAUUUUAGGUAUAAUUAGGAGUCCUGGCAUUACAAACAAGCUCAGUCAGGUUGUACCUUAAAAUUACAGAGCUGAAAUGUCACCUCAACUAGUAGUUUAUACCUGGCUUUUGAAUCCCAACAACCCAAAUGCACUCAGUGCAUGUUCAGAGCUCAUCCCUCUGAGGUCACCAUCAGGUCAGUGUGAACAUCCUCCUCCUGAAAUCAAUCCCAGGAGGGGUUUAUUCUGCAGGGUCCUCCCACAAUGGGACUUUAGGAAAGGAUUAUGGGUGCAAGGAUGCAAUGGCACCUCCCAGCUCUUCCUGCUGCCUGUUGAUGGUCUGUAGAGUCCCAGACACAUCUCCUUCCCAUUUAAAGGAAGGGCUGAGGGACACCCACUGCCUAAUUCUAUCAAGUGGUAAAUUGAAUUUAUUGAGUGAGAGAGGCAGUAGCCAGUAAGAAGGCAGGAUUUUGGUUUUAAAAAUCUGCCUGGUGGGAAUUGGGCAAGCUACCAGAAAGACAAUAAAGGAUUUAUCUGGCAAUGCCUGCCAAAGGAAUGCCACACAUGUGAGCAGGAGAAUUUAUUAAUACCAGUGGAAAAGCUCAUUAGCAUUGAAGUGCAAAGCAGGUCUGUAAAUGUACCUUUCAGCUGUCCCAAUAAAACCCCUGCACUCACACAGGGAAUGCUGAGGCUCGUUUCUAUGGAGGGUAGAACUGGCUAAUGAGCUUUCCCAGAAAACUUGCACACAAACCAUGAUUUCUCAAAUGUAAUAGUUGGCACUAUUUCACUUCCAUGGGCACGUGUCGCAGCUGACCUCAGUGUCAGCCUCUCCCUGCCCCUGGUUUCACAGGGAUUCAGAGAUGCUCCAAAGCUGGUGCUGCAGCAUUUCUCCCAGGGCAGGUUUGUCCCCCGCUUUACUUGUCAGUGAUUGUUGAUCUGCAGCUCUGUAAGGGAUGUGGGACACCCCACAAAGCUGCAGCUUGUGGGGCUGCAGGCAGAGGUAAAGGCUCACCAUAUUGUGUCUGGAAAGCAUGCCAGCCAUAAAAAUACUCUUGCUAACUGUUUAAAGCUCCAAUGCCUUAUCAGCACAGUUUAUGUAAGAAAAUCCCAUUAGUACUGCCAACCAUUCUCACAUGAAUUAGGACAUGAUAUGCUUCAUAAACCUUACAUGCCUAUUGACUGUUCUUAUGCAUGGAGACUUGGCUGGGCUUUUAUGUGCAGGUGUAGCUCUGUAUCUUGAGUUCAUUUCUGUGUUUUGAAAGCUACAUCAUAUGAAGCAGGAUAUUUUCCACAGCAAAAUGCAGUGUUUUCCUUCCUUGUUUGUUUGUUUAUAUAUUUUCUCUUUCUCUCUCCUUCCUUCCUCCCUUGUUUUCUUGCCUCGAUCGUUAGGCUAGCAAAUUGCAGAAAUGGGGAGAUUGAUUAAGUGAUGUUGCAUCAGCAGAUUUAAUGAGGUAAUGAUCUGUUUUCCUAUUUGUGUUCAGAAGAAAUAAUAUGCUAAUAAGAAUUGUAGCAAGAGCUGAUUUUUUAAUGUCCUGCUUAAAUACCAGCAAGCGACUGAGUGGUUCAGUGAAGUGGUCUCAGCAGAUCUUCUAAAUUGUGUUCUCUGCUUUGGAGGUAAAUAUUUUCAAGCUUUGAGCAUCUUGUGUAAAUAUUCUCUCUAAGGCUAGUGGAAGUCUUUCCAUUAAUUUCUCUAACUCUAACCCAGUUCUUGCAGAGGGACCAGGACACUGAGUCCCAGCGUGGGCUGAGCUUUCUCAAAACUGAGAACUCUGGGUACUAGAAUUUUAAUUUCAGGCCCUUGCCUAAUGCAAAUGGGUCCAAGAUUUCAUGCCCUACUAAAUGUUGCAUGCUGAAUGCAGAAAUGUAGAGGAUGUGUUUGAAGAUUGGGACAGCAAGGUGAAUUGAGAUGAAAAUCAGCUGAACCAAUCAGGGAAAGGGCACUUUCUAAUUAACACGUAUUUGAAUCCAAAAGGCACAUUCUAGGUGUCUGAAGUGUCAGUAAUUUCCAUCCAAAGUAACUGCUCAAAAUUCAUGACUCUCUAGAAUAUCCUUGCACAAGCCAGAUCUGUACAUAAGCUGUGCAAGCUCUCUCUGGGGAGAAGCACAGUUAAAAAUAAAGCUAUUAUUGCUACCACAGAGAGAUGAUGACAAAGACAAGAGGCUGAGCACCAGGUGCUGUGGGCCUGAAUCCUGCCAUGCAGCCCUCCAUCUGAGCAUUGCUGAUCCAGGUGUGGGCAGAUGUGCUCGACUGUUGUGUCCCCAACUGGAGCAGAGCAGGGAAGGGGCAGCUUGGGUGGGGGUCCCUGAAGUGCAGCCCCCACCCCAGACCAGGUUGGAAGGCUGAAGUUCUGGCUCUGUGAGGGACACAGGAGCUUUGGCAUGGCUUUCAGGCUUCUUCCCCUGCCUCCCCCAUCCCUCUGAUAUGCUUAUGAGUUCCCACACAUUUAGGUAACUUCAUCCUAGGCUCCCAAAUGAAGAGAAAUCUAGGGAAUUUAUACUGGAAGAAAGAGGGACAAGGGGUGGGCAUGGUCUUGCCCAUGUCUGUGCACCCUCAGCUUUGCAGUGUGUCUGCACAAGUAUCCUGGUGCUUGUGCAGAAUAACCACAAUUGUCACAGAAUAACAACAAUUAUUAGCAGGGGGAGAUUAUUUUUUAAUGAAUUGUCAUCGCAGGGGACCUCAUUGCAGUCAAAACAUUGUAUUGUUUUUCUAGGUUUUUUUCCCUAGCCUUCCCCCCCCCACCCAAAAUGACAACUGAAAACUAAACUGAGCAGGAGCUGCUGUACAAGCCUGCACAGAGAUGCUGAACCUAAAAAACCAGCCUGCCCUCACAAGGCACCCACAGGGCUGUGCUGAGCACCCAACCUCAGCAUAACCUGCCUUCUAUUUAUUUUUCUUUUUCUGCUGAAAUGCCAGUGUGAUUUUUUUUUCUUCCCUUGUAUCACCAGCCCAGCACUCCCCACUCCACAUUUGUGCUCUGGUAUCUCUCACCCUUGAGCACCUAACAGGGACUAAUCCCUGGCUUGUGGGAAUCUUCCCAUUAACAUUAGCAGGACUUUAAAAGCAUAAUGAGCUUUAAAUCCUCUUUUUCUUUUUUUUACCCUGAGGUCCUUACUUUUUGAGUUCAAGUUUCAAGGUGUCCCAUUAGCUGAAAAAGCACCAGCUGGUAUAACUGUGUUUGUGCAACCCUCGUGGAGAAGUUGGGCAAAACAACUGGUUUUAAAAGCUCAUGUUGGAAAACCCGAUCUACAGAGUAACUGUGGCUUUUGAAUGUAUGGGAUCCACAGACACUGGACUGUGGGGAGGAAAAGUAUUUUGGGAAAAAUCUUUUUUUUUGCAAGGAAGAAAUUGGGGGAAAAGGGUUAUUUCUCGGGUGAUGUUUCUUUUGUUACUACUUGCUGCUCUUUGUACACUAGCCAAUGCAAAUGACAUUCAUGUUCCCAACAAUAUUUUUGAACAGCCCAGCUAUCUUUUUUGCUGUUGUUAAUAUACUGAGGAUUUGGGAGGAUUUUAAAUGCCUCUGCCUUUCAGGAUUAUUUCUACAAAAGCAAUUGAGAACUGUGUUUUGACAGCAGGAAGCUUAUAAAAACCUAGAGAAAAAAAAAAAAUUAAAAAUAAAGCGUUUGAAACCGAACAGCUAUGAAAGGAACGCGACCUCUGCUACCAUAUCUGAAACCUGCAAAGCAAUCAGGAAUUACAUCAAGGAAGGACCAUCCUUGUACUGAAAAUCACACAUCAUUUAGUACAGAGAGGAUGCUCCCUUGGCCACCCGUGUGACUGCCCAGGAGGAAGGCGUGGGAGCGCUUUUGGUAAUCGUGACUCUCCCGUCACUGUUGGACACUGCUGUGUGUGGUUGGGUGAAACUGGUUUAUCUGUAGCAAGCUUCUUGUUGCACUUUUCUGUUUGCUAAAAUUCAACAACAAGGAAAAUCGUGGGUCACUUUAAAGCAUUGGCAGACAACUGUUUCUAACCCAAAGGAAAAUGGGUUUUAGCACAAUGAACUGUACUUCUUCAGGGAGGAUCAAUGUUGAUUUUUUUUUUUCCACACGUCUUUAUUUACAUGUGGCUAUAUUUUCAUUGAUACAGAAUAAAAAGUGCAUUUUAUUGACCUUGA